AUGUCUCAAUACGAGUUGAAAGUGGCUACUCGUGCCAAUCACGCGGCGCUUCUGCCCGUCGUGCUCAUCGUCACCUCCGUCAAUGAGGCCCGCCCUAGCCCGGUGAUCAACAUCACCUAUGAGGACACUGCUCUUCUGCAGGAUGGCGACAAGGCCAUUGUCCAGCUUACCAGUGGCUCCAACUCCGUCUUUGGUACUGCCAACAUUAUUCAGGAGCUUACUGUGCACUUCCCUUACCUGACUGGCAAGGACGCCAAGGUGGAAGCCGAAUGGAUCUCUCAGUUGGAUUCCCUGACCACUCUUGACUUCAAGGCCCUCGACCCCGUCCUCCAGCGCCUUGACACCCAUCUCCUCAUGCGCUCCUUCGUCGUCGGAUACUCGCUUUCUACUCCCGACAUUGCUCUUUGGGGUGCUCUCCGCGGCAACCGUGUUGCUGUUGCGGCUCUGAAGAAGGGAUCCCUUGUGAACCUGACCCGUUGGUACCGGUUCUUGGAGGAGCUUUGCCCCUGGACCGCCGGCGUUGUUGAGUCUAUGAACGCGGUCGCUAAGGAGAAGAAGGUUGCCAAGUCCAAGGAGGGUGCUAGCUACGACAUUGCGCUCAAGAACACUGAGAACGGCGUCGUCACUCGUUUCCCCCUGAGCCUUCGUAAGUUGUGCCGUCUGCUUUACUCUUCGCUCAAGGCUAACAUUGUUCGGUUCAGUGGAUACUUGCACAUUGGUCACGCCAAGGCUGCUCUUCUCAACGACUACUUUGCUCACGAGAAGUACAACGGUACUAUGCUUCUGAGAUUCGACGACACCAACCCUUCGAACGAGAAGCAGGAGUUCCAGGAUGCCAUCGUCGAGGAUCUUGCCCUCAUGGGUAUCAAGCCCAACAAGAUGACCUACACCAGUGACUACUUCGACGAGUUGUACGAUUACUGUGUCAAGAUCAUCAAGCAGGGUGAUGCCUACGCCGAUGAUACCGAUAAGGAGACUAUGGCCGCCCAGCGUUGGGACGGUCUGCCCAGCAAACGUCGCGACCUCUCCCCAGAGGAGAGCUUGGCUAAACUCGAGGAGAUGAAGAACGGCACCACCGAGGGUCUCCGCUGGUGCAUCCGUGCCAAAAUCUCCUUCGACUGCCCUAACAAGGCUAUGCGUGACCCCGUCAUCUACCGCUGCAACCCGGCACCCCACCACCGCACCGGCACUAAGUGGAAGAUCUACCCAACCUACGACUUUGCCUGCCCUAUUGUUGACUCGCUAGAGGGUGUCACCCACGCUCUGCGUACUAUCGAGUACCGCGACCGUAACCCCCAGUACCAGUGGAUGUUGGAUACCAUGAAGAUGCGCAACGUCCAGGUGUGGGAUUUCGCCCGCAUGAACUUCGUCCGCACUCUUCUCUCUAAGCGUAAGCUGACCAAGCUGGUUGAAACCGGUCUCGUCUGGGGCUGGGACGAUCCCCGCUUCCCCACCAUCCGUGGUAUCCGUCGCCGUGGUAUGACCAUCCCCGCUCUGCGCGAGUUCAUCCUCAAGCAGGGUCCCUCCAAGGCCGUCACCAACUUCGACUGGGGUCUCAUUUGGGCCACUAACAAGAAGUACAUCGACCCUAUUGCCCCGCGCCACACCACCAUCUUCAACAAGAACGUCGUCAAGACCACCGUCACCGGCGGGCCCACUACCCCUUACAGCGAGGAGAAGCCCCGCCACGUCAAGAACGCCGCCGUCGGCAUGAAGAAGGUUGUCUACAGCAGCUCGAUCAUCCUCGAGCAGGAGGAUGUCAAGCUCUUCAAGCCGGACGAGGAGAUCACCCUGAUGAACUGGGGUAACGCCAUCGUCCGCAAGAUCAGCACCAACGCCGAGACCGGCAUCAUCACCAACCUCGAGCUCGAGCUGCACAUGGCCGGCGACGUCAAGAAGACCGAGAAGAAGGUCACCUGGCUCGCAACCGAGGGUCAGGACCUUGUCCCCGUUGAGCUAGUUGACUUUGACCACCUCCUGACCAAGGAUUCCCUUGGUGAGGACGAUGUCUUGGAGGACUACCUCAACAAGCACACCGAGUUCCGUGAGGAGGGUCUGGCUGACUGCAAUGUCGCGGACCUCAAGGAGAGCGAUAUCAUCCAGUUCGAUCGCAAGGGCUACUACCGUCUUGAUCGCCCUUACUCUCCCGGCUCGCCUGCUGUCUUCUUCAACAUUCCUUCCGGAAAGAGCAAAUAG